AUGGCACCAACCCCCGCAGACCCAACACCCGCCUCGACCGCAACCCCCUCGCCAACAAACUCCCCAUCCGACGACUCGGGCGGAAUGUCCGGCGGGGGAGUUGCCGCGCUAGUAAUCUUCCUACUCCUACUAUCUGCUGGUGCUGGCUGGAUCGUACGUCCCCCCCCCUUGUCUCUCCCCCUUCUCCUUACUCCCCCAAACGCUAACUCUGAUAGAUCUUCACCCAACUCCGCGCCCGCCGCCUCGGCCUUCCAGCCCCAACCUGGCGCACAUACAUCCCCUUCCUACCAAACAACUCCCGCACCGCCCCCGCCCCAGCCUCAUACGAACCCUCGCGCAGCGGAUUUGUCGGGAAAAUCACCGGUGUCUUUGGUAGCAACAAUUCCGGCUAUUCCGGCUCCAACGUGCGUUCCCAGCGCACCCGCGAGAUGGAUGGGGAAUGGGAUGACAGGAUCGAAGAGGAGGACGAGAGCGGGUACGGCGCUGGGUAUGGGAAUCAGAGGGGCAGGGAUGUUGGACUUGGGCCGGGAGGCGGAGGCGCAGCGGGGAACGGGUUUGAGGAGAGGGGGAGGAGCAGGAGUCGGGAUCCGCCCAGGGAUUUGGGAACCAGGACUGCCCCGUAUCCGGAGGAGCUGAAUCCCUUCGCGGUGGAUGUUAAGUUGCAGGGGGUUAGAGAUCGGGAUGAGGGGUUUGGCGGGGUCGGGGUUAAAGGCGGUCGGGCCAGUGUAGACUCUGAGAGGAGGAGCGCUUUCAGGGAGAGUAUCAAUUAG